AUGUCCGCAAAGCAGCAGCGUCCAGAACAGGAUCUGGGAAGCCUGGAGUUGGAACCAUGGGAGGACAGCAGUUUGGUCAAUGCCAGCCUGAACUUGACACCCAGCCCAUCUCCGCCCAAGAAGAGUUCUACGGACAUGGAGCGGUUCGUGGAAAUUGUUUUGAAAGCACUUGAUCCUGCUGAAGCAUGCGCCAUGAAGGACUUGGUUCGCCAAGUGUUGCAAGGGAAAAGGUUGAAAAUGAUCACUUUGUGUUCGGGAACGGAUGCUGCUGUGACCACGUUGGAGGUGGUUCUCCAGAUGGCUGUUAUCGUUUUUGGUCCGCCAGGGCCAUUGCCAUUGCUGCCAACAGCAGACGGCUGCAGCAUUCAAGGAUUCAACAAAGAUGUCAUCGACCAUGUCCUCAGCUGCGACAAUGAGAUGGCGGAUUCUAUCGUCCAGGAUGCGCGGGGCAAGGGCUGCUUCAUGUCACGUCGGAACCCGAAACGGAGCAAGACAUGCGUGGCCGAUCGCACAGGGGCCACGGGAGAAACAUUCGCGCAGUUCCACGAGUAUCUGCGUGUUGCCCGACCGGUGCACUUCUAUGGCGAAAUGGUGGUGGGACUGAUGGAUAAGGAGCAGGUGUACGACGAGGACGGCCACAUGAUAGAGAGAUCCAACCACGAAAGCUGUGUCUAUGGCUUGCGGAAGAUUGGCUACGAGAUCACCUGGCUCGUAGUCAAUCCGGCAGAUCACAAACUGCCACACCGCCGACCUCGCAUUCAUUUUCAAGGGCUGGAUGCGCGGGUGGUAACAGAUGCAAGACGCCAUAUCGAAAGGUUGCAUGGCGUUUGGUCCACGCUUGCAUCAAUCCCUGUGCACUUCAAGCUUCAGGACUACUUGCUGACGGACGAGGAGGUGAAACAGACUUCCGUGUAUGCAGCCCUUGGCCAAGCCCCAAUCAAAUCAGGUGGUCAUGCAGAGCCAAAGUUCAGGAAGAUCCACCAGGAAAUGUGCGACCGCAAUCAGGCUGGGUUUCGACUCGGGAAGAUUGGGGGGUGCGGUUCGCAAGGGAAAGGCGCAGCAUUGGUAGCACGGUAG